AUAGUUUUUCUCGUUUUCUGAAAGAAAAAUUGGAAAAAUUAAAAUUAAUUGCAAAAUUAUUGUUUCCGCCAAAUUUUUGCGCGGCGCUAGUGUUUGUGAAAAGAAAGUGCAAAAAUGGUGGGAAGCUGACGCUGUGAAGAAAACUCACAAUUUUCGGUGGAAAAUGGCAAUGUUAUGUUUUUACUUCUUGCCGGACUUAAAUCAACACCAAAGUAUUCCAGAAAAUACUAAAUAUCAUAGUGAUGUCUUUUUAUUUCCGGACUAUCUGGAUGAAUGAAUCUCAAUCCGGUAGUCAAGCAGCGGCAACAGCUGCGCGCAAACACCAUUUGCUUCUUCCGGAUGUUGAAGAGUAUGCUGACGUACAAAGCCCGAAUAUGCCGCCUUCGUGAACUUUUUGCUUUGUGUUAAGAUACGCUAAUUAGCAAAAAAAAAAACAUUUGCAGUUACUGUUGUGGUGAAGAAGAAAGAUGUUGAAGCUGAUGCGGUGCAGCAACCGGAAGCAGCUGUUCAGGAGAAUGGUGUACAAAAACAGGAAGGUCAAGAGCAGAAGCCGGAGUAACAAAAGCAGCAAGUUGAGGAAGGUGGUGAACCCAAUAAGGUGAAGGAAGCUGUUCAGAAGGCAGUUAAAACGCCUUCGAUGCCUGAGACGCGGUAAGAGAAGAAGCCAGAAUCGACAACAGAUGCCAGUUGUGAAGGAAGCAACAACAGUGAAGGUGCAAACAGUUGUCUUCCACUGUGUUAUCACGAGAAUGGCAACGACAAUUGAAGAGAACCUCCAGGAAGACAAUUUUCUAUACCAUCGUGUGAGGGAUGUCAACAUUCAAAAGCUGCCCAGGUGCUUCCAUGUUUGUCUUCAAGUUACCAAAUGGUGAGAAUAUUCUCCACACAGGAAAUUUUCGGGCAACCUACUUAAUGGAAAUGUUUCCAAUUCUGUGGAACAAUUACAUUGACAUUAUCUACCUCGAUACAACGGUGAUGCGUAAUGCCGUACGUGAAUCUCAAUCCGACAGUAAGGUGAAAAGGGAAGGUCAAGAGCAGAAGCCGGAGCAACAGAAGCAGCAAGUUGAGGAAGGUGGUGAACCCAAUAAGGUGGAGAAAGCUGCUCAGGAGACAGUUGAAACGCCGUAAAGAAUAUGAUUGAGUUCAGAAGGCUGCCCAGGUGCUUCCAUGUUUGUCUUCAAGUUACCAAAUGGUGAGAAUAUUCUCCACACAGGAGAUUUUCGGGCUGGAAAUGUUUCCAAUUCUACCUCGAUACAACGUAAGUUAAAAGAACUUUAAUUAUUAUUAUUAUUUUAAAUGCAACCCAUCCAAAAAUUAACAUAAAAUCAACUAUAAAAUGAGCAUGAUCAGAAAUACUGCAAAUUAUCUAUAUAGCAUAUUUCCUGAAAUGAUUGUUUGUGGAAACGGCAGGGCCGAUGGUGAUAAAAUGGAGGUAGAGGGCCUCAAUAUGGAUCUACCUGCUGAAGGUUCAGAUAAAGGUUUUUUUUAAUAUUAAAAAUAUUUCAGGGUACUGUAUUAUUCAGCCCCCCUCCCCCACCCGACUAAUAUCACAUAUUAUAGAUUUAAAUGGAAUUUGCUCACACGGGUUUGGGGGCUCAGGUUGGUUUUUUAUGCACAUCUACCUAUAUAAUAAAGAAAGGUAAUCGUA